AUGGUACGAGCGGUUCAGACGCCUUAUCAACCGUUCUUCUCUCCUUGCACAUUUCCGACACCUGCUCAUCAACCGCUACAAUUCCGUUCUUACUGUAAUCUGAUUUCGCGUCUUCCGUUUAUCUGUGAUCUCCACCAGCAGCUCAGUAAUUCUGGCGCUACAAUUAUUUUCGAAGCUUUCGAGAAGCUUAAGCCAAUUUUUUUGAAAAAUAAUUCAUUUUCACUCGGCAUACUCAUCGUGCGUCAGCUGGUGCCACCAGCGAGUAAGGAAGCGGUUUAUAGCAACAAAUAUGAAUACGGAUGUCUGUUCGAUGACGAAUGCAUCCAUAUGAGUGUGGAAAAGGUGCAGCAGUUUGUAAGCAGCGCCCGCACUUUUAUCAAGGUUCAAACACAUUAG